AUGGCAGCAGACAAUUUCUAUCACGUCCCCUUUAUGGAGAGCGUGGUGCGGGUGCUGACUAGUCUGUGCAUCGGCAAGGACAGUCGAGCCGUGCGGGUGACGCAAGAUCUCAUCGCCAAGGAGCUCCUGGUAACCAACGAGGCCGCGGCAUGUCGUCGCCGUCCAGAGCCCGAGUGCUACGAGAACGCAUGGGCCGAGCAGCCGUUUACGGCUGAUAGCUCGCGCGCCGGGGAGAAAGGAGACCAGGGCGAGAAGAAGACGCUGCAGCAGUUCUUCGAGGAGAAAGAUCGGUUUGUGUUAUUGACAGUUGGCACUCUUGUCUUGUUUGACCCACACGAUCCAGACAUCGAAGCAGCGGAGGGCGUUAAAAUUCCAAGAGUUUUGUGGAAUCAGAGUCGUGCUCAGCCACCGCGGUACGCCUGUGGCCAGCACAGUGACGAUGUGACUCAGCAUGUCGGAGAUAAUGUCUCUCUUGAACGCUCUUUCUAUUUCGCCUUGGUGAAUCUACUGGCUCAUCUUUGCGCUGACCGCAACACUGCCAACUCCGCCUUGCUUUCGCGGCAUAUUCCAGACUCGAUCGUCAAAGCUCAACUGGUGCAGCAGGAAACUUUGAUGAAUGCCGGUCUCCGAUUUGUUCCACCGGGCGGCGAGCUGCUUCAGAGUGCUUUGGCUGACCCCAGUGUAGAAGCACGUGAUCUUGGUGACAUCAGUGACCUCGCAGGCCUUUGUGCUCAUACGUUCCUGCUGCUCUACGGCUUUUUGGGCCAACCGCCUUUCUCCGACGAGGAGCAUCGGAGCACCAUCAUAAAGUCCGUGUACCUUGAUGGCCGUCGGGCCGACGAUGACGACACGGUCUACGACGAAGCCGGAUCCAAUCUGGUUCUGGCUAGCCAAUCCCUUCAGUCCCUCUGCCACAUGUGCUCGUGGCAGCUUGCUUCGCUUGCCGACUUGUGUGAGAACAUGUGCGUCUUCAACAACAAGCCUAUGCCCAAGCCGCCUGUUGCAUUUACGGAUGCCAUGAGCACCCUCAUCAGUGCUCUUAGCAAGAUGUUGAGCAAACUCAUUGGCUUGGGAUAUUUUGAGCGCUUCCGGAUGCAUCACAGCAACGCCGGGGACUUGACGAAAGAUUUCGCCAACAUCUACAAGAUAGAUCACCUCGUUAGCAUCUUCACGCUUAUGCACAGGUUGCAAAGGACUCACCGCAGUGUCACCACGACACCCUUUGUUGCGGGCCUUGCAGAUGUCUGUCGGGUCAUAAACCAGUGUUGUGCUUUGUCUGUGAACGAGAAUAUCCUGCAAUUCAUGUCUGGGUUUCUCGAGUUCCUGCCUCCUUCGGUUCGCAGAAAAGUUGGUGCAAGCGGUGUGCCCAUCAAUGAACGCGCGCCGGCGAAAAGCAUCACAGGCUUCGAAAUCGAAGAAUGCGAGAGUGUGGAGAAGGUGUUGGCAGACCUCGGAAAACCGUCUUUGCCAUGGGAGGCAGAGCAUGUUGGAGUGUCAGAUGCCACGCGGAAUCUGGCGGAGUUCGUCACGGUUUUGCUUGACUUCGUUUCGUUGCCUGACGCGCGCCUUGCUAUUCAGGCAGUCCGCUUGCUUGCACGAUUAUGUCGCCGACGGAAGGAUUUCCUCGAGGCCAUUGACAGACUAGAGCUGCUUGAUAUGGACGAUGCCGAGAAGUUCAACUCAUUGGAAACAUGGGUGAAAGAAGCCGAUCGAGUGAUUGAUAAGAUUAACCAGCUUGAGAAAAACAUGCAUGAAGAGCAAAGCUUUGCUGACCGGGAGGGAUUGGAGCACUACUCGCAGCAGUUUGAAGCAAAUGACUGGAACGAAGACGAUCUGCAAAGUGAGCAUGUUGAUCUCAAGGACAAGGCCGAUCGUUUGAUUGAGUACGCGGACAAGAAGCAAUUACGUCAGCAAGUUGUUCGAAUGGCAGCAGCAAAUCUCCAAGGCGAUGCUCGCAUACUGAACUUUGAUUUUGAGGUGAAGAGCUUGCCAAAGCGAGAGUCUGCAACACCUGGUGAGGAUGACGAUGACGAGAAUCGGCCCUGUCCGCUCUUCGUAGGUGUUUUGAGUGCUGGCUGGUUGCCACCGAAAGAGGAGGCGGACGUCAAGAUGAAUCGUUUCAAGCCACCAAGCGAAUUCUUCGGCUGCGACGAACUUGGCCAGCUGUACAUUCGCGGUCAGGCCAUAGACGACACCUUUGGAGGCUUCUUCCAAGGGAGCUGUGUUGGCAUAGAACUAGACUACACGGGUGUUAACCCGAAGCUCUUCAUUUAUGUCGAUGGCUACAGAACAGCCUGCAUUGACAGAGAGGUGGAGGAAGGCUCUGUGCCCUGUGUCGUGUUGGGUUCCCUGCAGCAGAUCGUAAAGCUGAACCAAGGACGACCUCGCCGUGGCAAGGGCCUUUUAAUCUCACCGAAGGAUACGAAGAUUGAUGAGAACUCGCUAGUGGUGGACAUCAGCUAUGAUGUUCUCGGGGACAAGUACUGCAUCAAGAGCCCUGGGGAGGAAGAGCCGACGAUGAUCUACAGUGGCUGGAACUCGUGCUUCUGCACAAGUGCUUUGGACUUCCGGACCGAGUACCUCUCCAAGCUCAAAGCAUUCAAGCUGCCCAUCCAUCCCAAGAAGUCCUCCACAUGGUGCGUCAACGUUUCUCUCACCCAAGCCUUCAUCGAGUCGGCUCAAUUCGUCCGCGGGGCCCAUGUUGCUUCCCAAAAGGCCUUCAACUCCUUCUACAGCAAUACAACCACACACUUGCGACGAAUGGUCGGCACAAAAUGGAAUCCCGUGCUUCGUGAAGGGUCCGACAACGAGCAAAUGGACACCGGACUUGUUGCCAUAGAAAUCCAUGAGGACAUGGUGUACGGCUCCACCCGAAUAUUCGUGUGCUUUAAUGAGGAGGAUCCCUCACAACUGUCCCCGGAGCAAGAUUCGGAAAUCACACUUCGACUGCGAUUGACGCAGCUCUACCCUGUUAGAGAGGAGAAAGCGCAACUAGCGAAACUGUUCCGGCACUUCACUUCGAUUUGCAAGCAGGGCGAUGGACACUUGCUCAAGUACCAUCGCGUGGAGCUUCUUGCCUUGCGUGUUCUGAGCUUUUUGCGGAGUUCAGCUCCGCUGCGAGAUUCCAUCAUGGCUGAGAAAACUUUCAGACGCAAAGACAGCGCGUUCGACGUGGCCGUCAAGUUCUUGCAGGCAUUCACAGAGCUACUUCCAAUGUAUCGAGAGAUAUUUCUCAGACCUGACGUCUUCAAGUUCCUGGUGAAAUCUUUAGCAUACGAGGACAUGGGUGUUUCUUCCUUGCUUGUGAACAUCUACAAGGACAAUCUGGACGCAGUUCAAAAUGUUACGCCAUCCUUUGUACGGGAGAUGAUGGACGUGCUCAAGGAGAAUCUCACAGCACGGCCGAUGGUCUCCUUGGAUGCCCUCAAAGUGCUCAACGCAGUCGUUAGCUUGGGCAAAGACAAUCUAGAUGCGCGGAACAAUGGCAAUAUCAUCGCCAUGGAGUUCUUGAAAGAGAACACCGUGUUCCGACUGGAAAGCCCCUUCAUUGCUAUGGCUCGUGAUGGGUUUCUGAGCGCAAAGAUCAAUCUGAAAGACAACAGGGACAGGAUCAAGGAUUACUUGGAAGCGCUGGAGGCUCGCGCACAAAAGCGGCAGAUGCUUCUGCGAGAGGGCCAGAUGAGUGCUGCUGCCGCUGACGUUCCAAUUCCAGAGAUCUCUGCCGCUGCAGCAGGCAGUGCGCAAACAGUUGAGGAGGAGGAGCAGGUUGCAAUGGACAUGGACCCGCUAGCUGAAGUGAACAAACUGGUCUUGGGAACGAACCGAAUGUUUCCCACAACGUUUGCGCUCUCGUCGAUCGAGCUUAUGUUGAAGUGUUCAGCAUUCGGAGCCAACAGGACCGUCUUGAGGCACUUCGCCAGGGAGGUCAUCAAGUGCCAAAGACCGGAGAUGGAAGAAGGAGGUGAUGAGGACGACGACGAAGAUCAUGAGUCGCAGUAUGGUAUGGCCCGACAAAGAUUCUUCCGCCAUGUUGUGUACUGGCUGGCAUCAGACACCGAUCAGGAAAUUCCUCUUGUGGUGCAGGAUGCGUACUUGCGCAUGGUGUGUGUGCUGCUGCAGCCUCAUGAGAUCGAGGACAUGCUCCAUGACCGCUGGGACAGCAGGUCUCAAAGACUGCGCCUGGUUCCUGAGAAGCCGACGCACAUCGUCUUGCUGCUGAUUCAAUGGUUCACGCAGUACUUGAAACGGUUCCCGGAAUUGCACGUUUUCAGUCCUCGCAUCUCGCCGGUGGUUGAAGCCAUCGAUGCUCGAGUUACAUACGAUCUGUCUCCAUAUUUCAUCCGGGAUCACCUGCUGCUCCUCUUGCUGCAGACGCUGACGGCCUACAACGAGCAGAACACAUGGAAAAGAUGGUUCUCGAACAAGUUUUUGACGUCAGGACCACCACCUAAAGAAGUGAUGCUUGGAGGUCCGAAUGACCAGCCGCCAGGCCCCGACAAGGUCAUUCUGGACUUUGAUUACAUGGUCACGAACGGAUGUUUCGAAGGGCAGCCGCCGAAGCCGCUGGAACCCGGUCAGGAACCAGCCGUUGAGGAAGCAAACGACGAGGAGCAGGACGGCCCCGAUCUGCUGACCCAGUUGUUUGCGGUCCUCUUUGAUCAAAGAGACUGGUGCCACCGUGAAUGGUCUCUUGACGAAGAGGUGUGCGUGGUCAUUCAGCAGAUUAUGGAUUUGGGCCUUUGCGAUGCCGAACAACGCGAGCAAGCCAAAGUUUUGCUGCAGCGAAUCGGGCCUGAGGAGGUGUCGGCGCUAUCGGCGCUAGCUGACUCCAACUUGCCGCGUCCCUGGUGGCCCGACCAUGGCUCCAAGCAGGACAAAGCCGACGCUUUCGAAGAAGAGUGCAUGGCGCCACAAGAGGAAGUGGAGAAGGUCGAUGCAGAGGCGAGGGGAAGCGACAAGUCCGAUUUCCUGCAGAACUCAGGGCAGGCUGGAUCUGGAGUUGGAUUUGCAGGGAACAAGCAAGAUGAGUUCGAAGAGCUUUGGCAAGUCACCGCGACACGCGUUGGCCGUCACCUGAAGAUUUCAGAGCAGGACCGAGAGAUGCACUCUCGCCAUGCGCAGCCCUUCAAAGUAUUGGUGGGCGACCCGGUCGGGGCCGGCGUGGGCGUCGCCUCCUCCGGCGGCCACCCGGGAGGCCCGGACCCGGUGCUGCCCCGAGGACUGCGAAUGCCCGUGCACAGCAAGCACGUGCGAGAAGAGGAGGACCUCAAGGAUUUUAUGUACGAGCUAGUCGAACUGGACGAUAGCAAGCUCGCUGCCAACCUGCGAGUUGAUGUGAAUCUCUGGCGACGCCAGCAGCUUGUGCAUUCCAGUUUCGAACUGAUUGGCACAGAUGAGCGAACGUGGAAUGUGCAGCAAGAUUUGCGGGACAAGAUGAGCUCGUUGGGGAUGAAGCUCUUCUUUGAAGACAAUGUGCUCAUGGAGUUGAUGAUGGAGGUACAUGUGACCAUCGAAGCUAGGGACGUCAGGGCGGCGCUGCUGCGUACAUCCGGUGAUCCGACAAAGCCCCAAGGGCCUCAAGGGGGCGACAAGGAAAUCGACAGGGACAUCACUAUGAAUCAGGUCUUCUUUGAAGUAGAGGUUAACAACUCUGAUGUGGUGUUCCUGGAGAACUUCUCGUACACUCUCGGACGAAAGAAGCUUGUUCUGCAACUCCUGGGAGCCAACACCGUGACUAUGCGGUCCCGAUGCCUCCUGAACACGCCCGGCAUAACCAUCACCGUGGCGAAUCCUCGGCUGACAGCCUUGACGAGCCCAACAAGCUUUGACGCGGAAGUGAUACAAAAGGUCGUGAAUGUGGGGAAGCAAGAACAUGCCGUUUCUAACGAGCCUGGAGUCGAGCUGCAGGACGAGCAAGCGCUGGAGUCCCUCACCGACAAGAAGGGCCUAUCUCGUAAGGUCAUCCAUCACCUGAUGCCGCGUUACAGGAACAUUCUGGUGGACAUCAUCGAAGAGCAGUGCUUUGGGCUGAGCGGCGGGACAUCAGGGCUCGACCGUGUCAGGCUCUCGCGCAUUUUGGAGGCUGAGCAUCAAGAUGUUGUCGCAAUGGUCAACAGGGCAUGCAGCUAUGUAAUGCUCGAACAGCUGCUGACCAAGCUGGAUAUUGAACGUGGGGACUGGGAGCUGCAGGUUCAAACGACCUUCCCAAACCUUAUGCCUGUGUUUGAAACCCUUAGCGAGUACGCUUUCGACGAGAUAAACGACUCCGAGGUGCCGCUGGUCCUUCGUCGUGAACCUGAGGAGGAACGAAUGGAGACUUUGCGCUCAUGGAUCCUGCGCAUUUGUCAUGUCAUUCGAACUGUGGCAUUCACCAAUCAAUCUCGCCUAAGCUUCGCGAAUGAUGGGGGACAGACCAGUGCGGGCGAGAUGGAGGAGGAGAACAUCUUCGAAAAGCUGUUCGAUGACACAGGGGAGAUGCUGCUGGCGCGGGCAUGCUGUGCCUCCCUGCUCAACAUACUGCAGGAAAUCUUCACCCGUCAAGACGACAUCGAGGAAAUCUGGGAGAGGUGGACACCAGCCCAGCAGACAAGUCAUCAGUUUCUGAAGUCGUUUGUUGUGGAGAAGGCAAUGUUCUUUUGCCCCUUCAGCGUUGCAACGGACAUGAAGAAAAAGGUUCGGCUGAGGCUGACACGAUUUUUCGAGGAUGCACAGGUUGAGCCUACAGACCCGCUGCGGCUGGUUCCAGAGAUGCUUUACCAUCCCGAUGUUUGGCUGCGCCUUGAAGCUCUUAAAUUGGGUUGCAAACUUCUGGAGGAUGCUGAUCUGAAUCUUCAAGCGGCUUUCUGCAAGUUUGAUUCGCCCCAGCUAAACCUGCAGAAGGCACUUGCCUACCAGUUCAGCAGCUUCCAUCAUCACGAGCAGCAUGGGGACGACGAGACCAGAGUCAUGGACGUCAUGCUCAGGAAGAUCCAGAAUUUAUGCGAAGGUCACAAUUCCAAGCUCCAGGCUUUCGUCGGUGAAGAUCUGUCGAUUGAGGACAAAGACUUUGCAACCCUUUUGGCUGAAUAUCUUCAGAGGAACGAAGACGACGACGAUGACGAUCAAGAUCGCAGCAUGGAAGGGCCGACCAACCUUGUUGAGUGGAUUUGCACCCUCGCUCGGCAAACCAUUGAGCAAAUGAAGUCCGACCAGCAAUGGCAGGUGUCAAUGGGCGGAUCAGAGACAAAGUAUUCCAUGCUCAAGCAACUGUUCGACACAGCUGCUGAAAUUGUGCAAGGCCCUGACCGUGGAAAUCAAAAGUUGCUGCUGGAGAGUGAAAUCCUUUUGGAUGUGAAUCAGCUCUGGAUCCGACAACGCACAGAUGAGUUUACCUUCCGUGCACUGCUCCAAGACAACGAGGAUUUGUUCGAGUCCUUUAUGAAGCUGCUGCGUUCCAUGCGUAACUGUGAAAUCUCCGUCUUGAAGUUUCUCAUGUCUCUGCUCGAAGAAGAAGAGCUUGAUCCCGAAGAUCCCAACUAUAGGCAGACUUCCGAGGAGGUCGUGGAACACAAGGGAUCCACAAUUCGACGCAUGGUAGAGGAACUAAGCCCCAAGAUUAUUUGCGACAAGGUCAUCACUCACUGGAACCUCUCGCCGGAGGUUCACGACCCUGCCAACAUGAUCAAACCAGUUCAGGAUGCUGAUGAAGUGGUGGAGAAUGACACAGCUGAGGCGGUCAUCCGGACGAAGGGUGAGAAGGAGUCCACAGACUACACUCUUACGGAACAAGAGGAGCAUUGCCUGGAGAUUUGCUUCCUUUGCUGGGCGCUCUUCGAAGGAAUCCAACAGGCUCCAGAAUUCGGCAACAGGAGCUUCUUCGCAGGAACUCUGGACCACAAGAUGAAGAAUCCUGUUCUCCACACCCGCAACCAGUGGGCCACCUCAAAAACCAAGAUCUACGACACCUUCACAGAAGGCGUCAGCAAGAUGCAUCACAGCAAGUACCUUCACUUUCUCUUCGGCCGAGUUGAAAUCCAGCGGGGGCAGAGAUUGCAAAAAUUGUUCUUCCUGGUGCCAGCAGCUAUCCGAACAUUGAAGGGUCAAUCGCUUAUCAAGGAUUGGCAGGAAGGCUGCAUCAAUACCGUCGACCGAAGCGGUCCGGAAGCAAAGUUGCAGGAUUUCUCGGAGCAAGUCUGGGACGAGUACAUUGGUUUCGUGGAGCAUCAGUACAACCUUUCUCAGAAGCCCUUCCCGCUGAAUGCAUCAGGAGAGGUGAUGGCUGCAGCCCGCAGCAUCAUUGUGCUGCUUACCAUCAUCAUAACAGGCACUGUCGCUCUGGUCUAUGACGGUUCCUAUUCCAAAGAGCACCGCAUGGGAGAGUACGACGUGCACUAUGCCAAGGAUUGGUACGUUUGGGUUCUGACUGGCUUGAGCACUGCGCAUUUCAUCUGCGCUGUGCUGCUGACACUCUUCCACGUUGUGGCCUAUUCCCAGUGGAAAAUCGACACCGGCAUGGACCAGUGGAAGGAGGAAAAUCCUCAUUCGCAUCACAGGCUCAACGGAAUCUUUGGCGCCAUCCUGAUGCUGUGGUUCUUCCUCCAGGACUCCGGGCUGGUGAACAAGCUGUUCUUGGCCGGCAUCUCCUUCUUGGGUCUGCACUUCGAUUUUUUGAUUUUCUCCGUCCACCUCAUGUACGUGUGCGCGCAGGUCGAGACGCUCGGCAAGGUUUUCGAGGCUCUCUGGAUCACCAAGGAUCAGGUCGUAGGAACAGCUGUUCUGGGCUUCUGCGUCCAGUACUGUUUCUUGGUCCUCGGCUUCCUGACGUUCUCCAAGGGCUAUGGCUUUGCGGACAUGGAUACCUCGGAGUGCUCCUCGUUGAUGGAGUGCCUGCUCGCUCACCUGGACUAUGGAUUUCGUUCGGGGCCUGUCUGGUCUUCAGCGGAGCUGACUUGGUGGAAGUUCGCCUUCGACUACUUGUACAAUCUCGUCGUAAUUCUGAUUUUGGCUGCCAUCAUUUCCGGCAUCAUCAUUGACACGUUUGCCAACAUGCGAGCUGAUUUGUCCGAGAAGAACGAUGAUCAAGAGAACAACUGCUUCAUUUGCGGCAUUAAUCGUUCACAGAUGGAGCGACAGAUGGUCAAGUUCGAGCACCAUGUCUUUCAGGAGCACUACAUGUGGAGUUAUGCUCGCUUCCUGAUGUAUCUCAAGCAGGCGAAGGAUUCAGACUUGAACGGCCCAGAGUCCUUUGUCAAGGCCAAGGUGACGAGACAGGACUACACCUUUUAUCCAGUCAAUCGAGCUUUGACGCUGGAUUCCGAUGAUGCAGAGGACUACACGGAGCGACAGGUUCGCAUCAAGGAUUUGGAGGAGAUGCGCGGCUCUGUGCGUCAGUGCACAGAGACCUCUCAGCACAUCCUGCAGCUGAAGCGAGAACUGAAGACGGUCAUGAAGGAAUCCAACGAGGCAGUUGCUGACAUGCAGAUGCGACUUCAGCUUUUGACCGGAGAUGUGCACAAGAAGGUGCAAGAAGCAAUGCUUCAAAAAGCUGCUCAGCAAGCUGCAGGUGACAAAUAA